AAACGAGUGCAAGUUGUCACGACCAAACACACUCAAAAUUCAAAAAAGAAAAGUAUAAAAAAUAAACAAUAAAAAUAAACAAGCAGCGGUAGGACCCGUUCUUCUUUCAAAGCUCAUCAUCAAAGAGACAGAGAGAGAGAGAGAGAGAGGAGGGAGAACGAAGGAAGGCUUCAACGUCAAGAUAGUGAGAGGAGGGAUGGUAAAAGACAGCUAGCAUUGAAGACAGGGGCUCACCUACCUGACCUAUACCCACUGCAACAAGAGAAGAAGCUACUCCCCCUUCACUCUCAUUUCCACCUCUCUCUCUCUCUCUCUCUCUCUCUCUCUUUCAGUAGGGUUUUGCUCUGUGCUUCUUGGAUUUUGAUGUGUUCUCUCAGAGAUUUGAAAGGGAAUUAGUCUCUCUCUCCAAUUCUGAAGGCGAUUGGCUGCAUUUCCCUCCAUUUUUGGGAAAAGUGCGGAUUCUAUUCCAUUUACAAGUCUCUCGCGAGUUUCCUUUUGGAUUUCCCAGAGAAAUCCAGUGUUUUCGCCCAAGUUCCCUCUCUCUCCCUGCCGCACUUGAUUUUUCUUUGAGAUUUAGGCGGGAAUUAGGGUUUGAAAAGGGAUUGAGCGUUUUGAAGGAGAAACAGAGGUUGUAGGCGUUUGAGAAGAAGGGAAUAUCUGCAUAUAUCAAAGGAAAAACAAAAAACCAUGUUUCGCGCGGGCUCCGCUGGAAGUUUGGAUUUGGGCGAGGACUUGUACUUACAACAAGCUGACGAGUUAUUGGUUUUUACAAACGAUGACUCUGAAGGGUUGGGAGGAGAAGUGGGGAAUGGGCUAGAAGGAUAUUCGUCCAAUGGUCCAGAUGCCAUUAACGGUCACGCUUUCUCCGGACAUACUCUUGAAAGCAGCCAAGGAGACUAUCUUAACCUCUCUUGUGAUGACAUUGCACAUCUGGAAUGGCUAUCCACUUUCAUGGAGGACUCUUUCUCUGAAAAUGUAGGCAUUGCUGAUGCCCUUGGCGACAACAACUACUCUAUUAAAGACACUCAGUUCCAUAUCUCGAGCCCGGUUUCUGUUCUCGAAAGCAGCUCUUGUUCAGGAAAAUCCCUGCCGCUUGGACCCAAUACAUUCGUCCCGGGCCGUGCUAGGAGCAAGCGCCCACGUCCUGCAUCCUUUUCUCCCCGCCCACUCUCCCUCAUUUCUUCCACUUCCUCAGAGACCUCCGACCCUUCCAUGCAGUCCCCUAUCUCCCCACUACUAUCCCAAUCUGAUUAUUUCGCAGAAUCCGAACCCCCCAAGAAGUUAAGCAAGAAGAAAAAGCUGCAUCAGCAGCAUGCGGAUCAGGCAACGUCCCAGUCCAUUGCUGUUCGGAAAUGCAUGCACUGCGGUAUACAGAAGACCCCACAAUGGAGACAAGGGCCGUUGGGUCCCAAGACACUGUGCAAUGCUUGUGGAGUUCGCUACAAGUCAGGCCGGCUCUUCCCAGAGUACCGGCCUGCAGCGAGCCCAACAUUCAUCGCAUCAGUCCACUCAAACUCCCACAAGAAAGUUCUGGAGAUGAGGAUUAAGUCAGGCGAGAAAAUACCAGGCCCAAUACCGGAAUUCCUUAGAAAGACCACCCAUUUGCUUGAAUCCAUCUGAAAGUGGUGGUGGAGUAAGAAACACUUUCUUUCAUUAUGAUUUUUGUACAUAUGAUUAGUAAUAGUGCGGAAUGUAGGCCCCAUGUAGUUUUUUUUUUUUUUUUUUCCUCCUUUUUAUAGGUUGAGCUUGAAUCCAAAACCACAAUGUUGAAACUCAUGAUCUAUCUGUGGACCGUCUGAGCUGCGGGCUCGUUCGUACCAACAGGUAGUUAGGCUCUGCAUGGAGGUGCUGUGAGAGAGGAUAUUAGGGUUAAGGUUAGAAGUAGGGAUAGUUGUAGAAGGUUGCAGUACUCUCGUAGGUAUUAAAUUUGUAACGUUUGAAUUCUUUUUGCAGUUGAUUUGUUGUUAGAAAAAAUGUUGAGCUCGUCUUAUUUUCUGUUUUCUAUCGGCUUCUCCAAAUGUUGUUGUUCUUGGUUUCUCUUAAAAAAGAUUGGAACUAUCGAAAUUUCCGAUGCAAGGAUAAGGAAUUUCAC